AUGACAACGACAACACAGCAGCACCUUGUGAAGGUGAGGGUGUGGUUCACGUACACCAUUACCUGGUUUGUUGACGUGGAUGAGUGUAAGGAGAAUGCCGGUAUUUGUGGUCCAAACAGCACCUGCACAAACCUUAACGGCAGCUACACCUGCAGCUGUGUAGAAGGGUUCAAGAUGAGCACCGUCACGGGCUACUGUGAAGAACACGCCCGGUGCAUCAACACAAAAGGCAGCUACUACUGCGAGUGUGAGGUGGGAUACCAGUUCCUUAAUGGACAAUCAUUUACCGCGGAUGACCACAAAUGCCAAAAGCUGGUAACAACGCUGAAGAAGGAUUGCCAGAGAGUGUCCAGUCUCUUGGAUGUUUUGCUGGACUCUCCUCCAGAGAGACUGGCCUCCAGGGGAGAUGCUGUGCUUCAGGCCACUGAGGACCUGGUGUCCACCCUGGCCAAGCCCACAUCUUCCCAGUCCAGCACAAGCUUCAUCACCAACACCACAGAGGUGAAGAUCCUGAGUGUUGGACCAAACACCUCUCUGACUGCAGUGCCUAAAUUGGUGACUGCAGAUGUCAGUGUUGACAUCGACCUCCUGGGCAUCGCUGACAACAGCAAUGGUUCAGCAUCCGUGGGCAUAAUAGUGUACAACAACAUGCAUGAGGCUCUCAAUGACGCCUUCUUCAAGACCCCAGACAACAAAACGGCUGAUAUGAUCUCCAAGGUUGUGUCCGUCAUCUUGCCAAACACGUUGAGAAAGACACUAUCGACUCCCAUGAACAUCAGCAUACCACAUCUUGAGAAUGCAGACGCUGAGGGCGAGGUGUUAUGUGUUCACUGGGAGGCCAAUUCCUGGAUUCAAGAUGGCUGCCAUGUCAGUAUUCCCAAGUCCACUCACACUGUCUGCUCCUGCCAAUACCCUUCAACAUUCGCCCUGAUCAUGACCAUGGAUCCAACACAGAAGAGUGACCCUGUGAUGAGCAUUCUGAACACCAUCUUGGUGCUGAUUGGCCUGCUGUUCCUGACCUUGGCGGUGAUGACCUUUGCCCUCUGUCGAUGGAACCCCAGGGUGUCCAACGUGGCUCGCCUGAACCUGUGUGUGUGUCUGCUGCUGGCCCACACCCUCUUCCUGCUCACACAGAGCUUCCUCCGGCAAAUCAGGGCCCAUCAGGCUCUGUGUAAGACCCUGGCUGGAGUCCUGCACUACCUCUUCCUGUGUUCCUUCGUCUGGAUGUCCAUAGAGGCCGUGAUGCUUUUCCUGUCUGUACGGAAGCUCAGGCAGGUCAAACCUAGCGAGAGGGCGUGGCUACAGUGGAAAGUCUCCCUCCCGAUUGGCUACGGGAUUCCACUAAUCAUUGUAGGCGUGUCUGCUGGAGUGAACCCUGAGGGACACGGCAGUGAGAAGUGCUGGCUAGUGGAGGACUUCAAAUGGAGUUUCCUUGGCCCUGUUUGUUUCCUCCUUGUUGUCAACACCAUCCUCUUCCUCACCAUCAUCAUCACCAUCCAGUCUACUCUGAAAGAGGCACGCAGCGACGUCUCUAAGGUCAAAUACACCAGGGUUCUGUUGUUCAAACUGACAGUCCAGUUCCUCAUCCUGGGUUGCCCCUGGUUACUGGGCAUGGGGGCAUCCACAAGUCGGGUUCUAGAGAUUCUCUUCCUGUUACUCACCUCCCAGCAAGGAACCGCCAUCUUCCUCAUCCACUGCCUCCUCAACACAGAGGUGCGGUGUCAGUACAGGAAAUGGUGGCAGAGGUUCGGUCCAUCCAGGAAGCAGCCAGAGUCAGCAACAGGAACAGGACUUGUAGCUGUCUCCCUCAGUCUGACACAGCAGCCAAGCAAGGACUCUUAA